CGGCCAGAGCUGAUAAAGAAGGAAGAGAGCUGAAAUGAAGGCAGAGAUGGAUCACAGCAGAACUCUGAGGUCCUUCCCGCUACUCCAGAAUUUGUCAGGCGAAUACUUCAGGUACAAGGGCCUCCCCUUCCCCGUGGGCAUCUACUCACCCGAGAGCCUCAGCAUCGCGGAGAACGCCAACGUGCAGGACGACGACAUCUUCAUCGUCACCUACCCCAAGUCAGGCACGACCUGGAUGAUCGAGAUCCUCAGCUUAAUCCUAAAGGACGGGGAUACCUCCUGGGUCCACUCGGUGCCCAUCUGGGAGCGGGCGCCCUGGUGCGAGAUCAUCAUGGGUGCCUUCAGCCUCCCGGACCAGCCCAGCCCCCGCCUCAUGAGCUCCCACCUCCCCAUCCAGCUCUUCACCAAGGCCUUCUUCAACUCCAAAGCCAAGGUGAUCUACAUGGCCCGGAACCCCCGGGACGUGGUGGUCUCCCUCUAUCAUUACUCCAAGAUCGCCGUGCAACUGAAGGACCCCGGCACGCCUGACCAGUUCCUGCAGAACUUCCUCAAAGGCGAAGUGCAGUUCGGCUCCUGGUUCGACCACAUUAAGGGCUGGAUUCGGAUGCAGGGGAAAGAGAACUUCCUGUUUAUCACAUACGAGGAGCUGCAGCAGGAUCUCCGCGGCUCUGUGCAGCGCAUCUGCCAGUUCCUGGGCCGGCCGCUGGGCGAGGAGGCGCUGGGCUCCGUCGUGGCGCACUCGACCUUCGGGGCCAUGAAGGCCAACGCCAUGUCUAACUACACGCUGCUGCCCCCCACCGUGCUGGACCAGCGCCAGGGUGCCUUCCUCCGGAAAGGGGUCUGCGGGGACUGGAAGAACCACUUCACGGUGGCGCAGAGCGAAGCCUUCGACCGCGUCUACCGCGAGCAGAUGCGGGGGCUCCCGACCUUCCCCUGGGACGCCGCCCCCGAGGACGCCAGCACGGACCCAGACCCCAGCCCGGACCCGGACCCCAGCCCGGACCCCAGCCCCAGCCCAGCCCAGGCCUCCGAGCCCCCCCAGCCGUGACCCUGAAAAUAAACGU